GGUGGAGCUGGAGACCCUGUCUCUGGUGCCUGAGUGUCUCAGGUGCCUACCCUCGGCUAUACAUCUGAAGGGGAAUGCCAUUGUCCUUAGGGAUUCCUUCUCCAGACAUGCUCCCUGAGGCAGGCUCCCUGUGGCUACUGCGGCUGCUCCGAGACCUCCAGCUGGCCCAGUUUUACCGGCCCAUCCUUGAGGAGCUUAACGUCACUCGGCCAGAGCAUUUUGACUUUGUAAGGCCUGAGGACCUGGACGGCAUUGGCAUGGGCCGGCCUGCCCAGCGCAGACUGGCUGAAGCUCUGAAGAGGCACCGUUCAGGGUUCAAGCCUAAGAACUGGGUCUACAAGAUCCUUGGAGGUUUUGCCCCAGAGCAGAAGGAGCCCACCAGGCCCUCGGACAGACCACCGUGCUUCCCUGAGCCAGAGGGUGGACUUAAGUGUCUGAUCCCAGAGGGUGCUGUAUGCAGGGGAGAGCUGCUGGGCUCAGGCUGCUUUGGCGUGGUGCACCGAGGGCUGUGGACGCUGCCCAGCGGCCAGACUGUCCCAGUGGCUGUCAAGUCCCUCCGGGUAGGUCCCGAAGGCCCUGUGGGCACAGAGCUGGGGGACUUUCUUCGAGAGGUGUCCAUCAUGAUGAACCUGGAGCACCCACAUGUGCUGCGUCUGCACGGCCUUGUUCUGGGCCAGCCUCUGCAGAUGGUGAUGGAGCUGGCGCCACUAGGCUCCCUGCACGCGCGCCUGACGGCCCCGGCCCCGACACCCCCGCUGCCCGUGGCCCUGCUCUGCCUCUUCCUGCGGCAGUUGGCGGGGGCUAUGGCGUACCUGGGGGCCCGCGGGUUAGUGCACCGGGACCUCGCGACACGCAACCUACUGCUGGCUUCGCCACAUACCAUCAAAGUGGCGGACUUCGGGCUGGUGCGGCCGCUGGGCGGUGCCCGGGGCCGCUACGUCAUGGGCGGGCCCCGCCCCAUCCCCUACGCCUGGUGUGCCCCAGAGAGCCUGCGCCAGGGAGCCUUCUCAUCUGCCUCAGACGUGUGGAUGUUUGGGGUGACGCUGUGGGAGAUGUUCUCCAGGGGCGAGGAGCCCUGGGCCAGGGUCCCGCCGUACCUCAUCCUGCAGAAGCUGGAGAAGGACCGAGCCCGGCUGCCUAGGCCUCCCCUGUGCUCCAGGGCCCUCUACGCGCUCGCCUUGCGCUGCUGGGCCCUCCACCCUGCUGACCGGCCUAGCUUUUCCCAACUGGAGGGGCUUCUCCAAGAGGCCUGGCCUUCUGAGGGACGCUGUGUAAGGGAUGUCACAGAGCCAGGUGCCCUGAAAAUGGAGCCCGGUGAUCCCAUCACCAUCAUCGAGGGCAGCCCCAACUCCACAAUCUGGAAGGGCCAGAAUGGUCGCACCUUCAAAGCAGGCAGCUUCCCGGCCUCGGCAGUGACGCUGACAGACUUGGCGGGCUUGCCAGCUGCCUGUCCAGAGCACAGAGGCUCCCCUGCCCAGGGAGAGCAACCCCCAGGAAGCAUAGAGGGGGACAGAAAGAAGGAAAAGCUUCGGGAUCUACACCCAGCACGGGGCCAGAGAAGGAACACUCCUCUGCAUAGGAUGAAAGGCAUUUCCAAGAGUCUGGAGUCAGUUCUGUCCCUGGGCACUCGUCCCACAGGGGGUGGUUCAAGCCCCCCUGAACUUCGACAAGCCAGAGCUGUGCCCCAGGGACCCCCAGGCCUGCCUCCAUGCCUGCCUUUUGCCUCCAGCUCUUCUCAACCCAGCCAGCCUCUUAAGGAGCCGCUUCCCUGGCCCAAAAGAGAACCCCCACACAAUCACCCCAUGGGAGUGCCUGGAGCCACUAAAGCCUCUGUCCCCACUGGAGCCCUCCUGCCCAACCCUGAGUUGCAGAGGAAGAUUAUAGAGAUGGAGCUCAGAGUACAUGGAGUCACCCAUCAGGAGUGUCAGGUAGCACUAAGAGCCACUGGGGGAGAUGUGGAGUCUGCCAUCCGGAACCUCAAGGUAGACCAGCUCUUUCACCUUAGUAGCCGGUCCAGAGCUGACUGCCAGCGCAUCCUGGAGCAUUACCAGUGGGACCUCUCAGCUGCCAGCCGCUAUGUCCUAGCCCGGCACUGAGCUCUGCUUCCCUGGGCAUGUAUGCCAGCAUGGAAAGCCUGGGCCCUUCAGGGCCUGGCCAUGUGGGACCAAGCAGAACAAGAACAAGGUCCUGACAGGGGCAGACUUUCCCACCUGGGGAAAUCCCACCUGCUAUGGGCGAUAGAGGAGGAGCCCUGGGUCGGGCACUGACAAAUGUCUCCUGCCUACCCUGCCCCUUGGCCUCCGAGGGCUCAAGCUCCUUUGGCUAGGCCAAGAAGGAUCUAAUCCACUCUGCCCACCACACUCCCAAACAAGGGGAGGACUUAGAGGAAAGAGCUGCUAUAUAUCCUAUCCAGAGGAAGCUUCCCCUCUCUAUAGAGAAUGAUGAAGCAGCCGCACUGGACCAUGGGAACAGCCACCCUGAACUGUCAUCAGCAACCACCCUGAACUCUGUGAGCAAGUCAUCCUGGAUGAUGGAAGCAGCCAUACUGACUUGGGACACAUGGCCCAGGGCCAUUGUAGGGGAUGACAAUUGUUCUCUUGGACUCAAGGACAUUUGAUCCUGGUAGCAUGGAUUAUGAGGCAGGCCAGCCCCUGCCCAAAUUCAGCUGUCACAUUUCCCUUUGUUUCUUCCCACACCAGGUCUUUCUUCUACCCUCCCCCAUUACAUACAUCUUCCAAUGUCCAAAAAGUUACAAAGUUUAUAUGAAU